AACAAAUUUUAUUUUAUUUUAAUUAAACCAAUAAAUUAACAAUUACAAUCAUUCCUUUAUUCAAUUAUUCCAUUAUUCAUCACAACUUAGAAUAAAAACCCAAUAAAAAUACACCAACAUUUCAUACAUUUUCCUUCUCAUUUCUCAAUUUUCAAAUAAAAAAAAUGGAUUACCCCCACCGCAACCACCACCACCCUGGCCGUUAUGAAGAGAACUCCGACGAGUUUUCCCGGCCACCUUACCCACCUCCUUCUCAACCUCCUUUUGGAGCCCCUUUUUCUCACCCUCACCCCCAAACUUACCCUCCUCCGCCGCCGUCUUACGGAGGCUAUGGCGGCGGCUUCGGUGCCGGCGCCGGCGGAGGAUCAUACCCACAUCCGGCGCCGGUCGCCGGAGUUUAUCACACCUCCCAUACCCCCCACAUGGAAUCCCCAAACUACCCUCCACCACAAAUGGGUUCAGGUUCAUUUGGGUCACAAUCUCAUCAUGAAUAUGGUGGGUCCCAUCACUUGGAAUCCCCAAAUUACCCUUCAUAUGGUCAUCAAUCUUCAUACAAUGAACCUGAGCAACAACACCAUGAAAGUGGGGGUGAUGAGCAUAGGUUUAAGCCUCAUAUGCCUGGGUUUAUUGCUCAGCAUUUUCAUCAUUCUCCAAGUGAUGUGAGUAGUCAUGGACAUGGGUAUGAGUCUAAUCAAGGGAGUGAUUUAGAGGGGUAUUUUAGGAAUAAGCCAACUUAUAAGAUUUAUAGCAAAGCUGGUGGUGAUACUUAUUCUGUUGCUAUUAGGGAUGGCAAGGUUGUUCUUGCUUAUUCUGAUCCCAAUGAUCCUACCCAGCACUGGUACAAGGAUGAGAAGUUUAGCACCAAGGUGAAGGAUGAAGAUGGUUAUCCAAGUUUUGCAUUGGUGAACAAAUCGACCGGGCAGGCUUUGAAACAUUCAGCCUCUGCUCACCCGGUGCAUUUAGUCCCAUACAAGCCCAAUGUUUUAGACGAAUCCGUCCUGUGGACUGAGAGCAGGGAUUUGGGUUCUGGUUUUAGAACCAUCAGGAUGGUGAACAAUGUUCACCUGGUUUUGGAUGCUUUCAAUGGCGACAAGGAUCAUGGUGGAAUCCAUGAGGGUACAAUUAUUGCCCUAUACAAGCCCUGGAAAGGCGAUAAUCAGAAUCAGCAAUGGAAGCUAUACCCUCACUGAGCUAUGCAGCUGGGAAGAAUUGUGCUAGCCAAGAGUUACGGCUUUAUCAUAUUUCGUAUGCUGUGCUUGGUACAAUCUAUUAUGUUUCUGUACAAACAAUGCUGCUGUUGAUAGCUUGCGUAUUUCUUGUAAUGUUUGUGGAUUGAUACUUAUACAACAUGCUUUUGAUGUAUGUGCUGUGGACAUGCUUUUGACGGUUUAAAAAAGAGUGCAUCUUUUUGUGAAUAAAACAUGAGUUUAGUAUCAAACUCGAAGAGCCUUUAUUAUGCAUCCGGGUGUAACGAGCAAGGUAAUUUUGCUCAAUUUGUAACGCUUUGGCAUUUGUUCUAUGUAUUAGUCAUAUGACGGAGCCUC